AUGGUUGCGGCCAACAAUGUCUUAUGGGUAGUCACCGGAAUCAUUGAGUUUAUCAAAUAUUGCUUAUUUGACGAAUUACAAGAGGAGCCUAUCCUUGAGGAAUGUGAUCUCAGUACCCAGAACCAAUUUAGAGGUCAAGCUGGGAAUAUCCCAGUACAGGUUCCCGAAGCUCCCCCUCCAGCCUUCUUGGUGUAG